AUGUCCGGUAGAGGAAAAGGUGGUAAAGGUCUAGGUAAAGGUGGUGCUAAGCGUCACAGAAAGAUUCUUAGAGAUAACAUUCAAGGUAUCACUAAGCCAGCUAUUAGAAGAUUAGCAAGAAGAGGUGGUGUUAAGCGUAUCUCUGGUUUGAUCUACGAAGAAGUGAGAGCUGUUCUAAAGACAUUUUUGGAAUCUGUUAUUAGAGAUGCAGUUACCUAUACUGAACACGCAAAGAGAAAGACAGUCACUUCGCUGGACGUCGUGUACGCUCUAAAGAGACAGGGUAGAACCCUUUAUGGUUUUGGUGGUUAA